AUGGCAGUAGGAAAAAACAAGAGAACCUCAAAGGGAAAAAAAGGAGGAAAGAAAAAGGUUACUGAUGUUUUUACCAAGAAGGAAUGGUAUGACCUUAAGGCCCCUAAAAUGUUUUUGGUGAGAAACUUCGGGAAAACCCUAGUUACAAAAACCAUUGGAAAAAAAUUGGCAACAGACAGCUUGAAGGGAAGAAUUUACGAGGUAAACCUUGCUGACUUGAACAACGAUGAAGAUCAAGCACACAAGAAAAUAAAAUUGUGCUGUGACCACAUCAUAAAUAAAGAUUGUUACACAGAUUUUUGUGGUCUUAGCAUAACAAGGGAUAAAUUAUGUUCAUUAAUAAGAAAGGGAUAUACAUUGAUUGAAGGAUACACGGAUGUGAAAACGAUUGAUAACUAUCAGUUGAGAAUGUUCUGUAUUGCUUUUACGAAAAAAAGACCAAAUCAGACGAAAACAACUUGUUAUGCACAAACAAGUCAAAUUAAAAAAAUUAGAAAAAAAAUGGUUGAUAUUAUGAAUGCUGAAGCCAGUAAAGUUUUAUUAAAAGAUCUUGUGAAAAAAUUUAUUCCAGAAUCAAUUGGAAAAGAAGUUGAAAAACAAUGUAAGAAAAUAUUUCCCUUACAAAAUGUUUUAAUAAGAAAAGUAAAAAUUUUAAAGAGACCAAAAUUAGAUAUUUCGAAAUUAAUGGAAUUGCACACAGAAUCCAAAGAAGAUGCAGGAAAAAAUGUCAAGUCUUUGCCAGAGUCCAAGGAAGCCACUAAUAUUUUAAGUGCUGAAUUGAAACAUUAA